AGGAGAAGGAGAAAAAAUAAAGCACUUGGAGUCAUUUCCAAACCGCCCGACCAUCAAACAAGCGAAAAACUUCUCCUAACCCUAAAGCAUCGUCUAUGCUCCCUGCUUCGAGACUCAUCGAGACAUAGCCACUCCCACCCUCGGGCUCUUUUCAGCCCCCAACCACGAAUCGCCCACGUACUUCACGAGUGCACUCAUCACAAUCAAAGCAUCAGUCUCCUGUUUCCUCUUCUUUCGACAUCUACGACCUCACCUUCAACCUUUCCUUCUGCGCCCCUACAGAAACAGAAUCAAACGACCUCCCAAUUCUCCGCUAUGGCAGGCGGCGACGACCUCCCCCAACCGUACGACGCCAAAGCCCUCGCUCCUGCCAAGAAGCGUCAGCGCAGCGCCUCGCCCUCAACCCCUCGGUCGCCCUCGGGCAGCCAGUCCGGCGAGCCCGUCCGCAAGCUCAAGAGGCCCGGCCAGCGCUCGCGCAUUAGUGAGGCGCAGCGCGAGGAGCUUCGGCAGCGGGCUCUGCAGCGUGAGCGCGAGCAGAAGGAGGCCGAGGCCGCCAAGCAGCAGCAGCAGGAGCGCGCCGCCAUCAACGAUGUCGUGCGCGCCCACUACAACGCCGUCCCCGAGAGGGGCCGCGACUGGCGCAAGACGGACAGCAAGAUCAAGGGGCUGCGCGCCUUCAACAACUGGGUCAAGAGCUGCAUCAUUCAAAAGUUCUCGCCCGACGAGGACCAUACCCCUGGCGCGAUGGAGCGGGGCAUCUCCAGCGGGAGGGAUCUGCUAGUCCUUGACCUGGGCUGUGGCAAGGGAGGAGACCUGGGGAAGUGGCAGCAGGCGCCGCAGCCGGUGGAGCUGUACGUGGGAUUAGACCCCGCUGAGAUCUCGAUUGACCAGGCCAGAGAGAGGUACCGGCAGAUGGGGCAGCGGGAUCGACAUGGUGGCGGCGGUGGUGGGCGAGGUGGCCGUGGGGGAUUCUACCGCAGACCGCAGCCGCGCCUGUUCGAGGCAAGGUUCCAGGUCAAGGACUGCUUCGGCCAGUCGCUUGAGGACAUCGAUAUUGUGCGGCAGGUGGGCUUCACCCAAUCCAACAUCAGCAGCGAGCGCGGGUUCGAUGUGGUCUCUAUGAUGUUCUGUCUGCACUACGCCUUCGAGAAUGAGGCCAAAGCACGGCAGAUGUUGAGAAACGUGGCAGGGUCGCUUAAGAAGGGCGGCCGUCUCAUCGGGACUAUACCCAACUCGGACGCCUCGGAAAACGGCGAGAUCAAAGAGAACGACGAGAAGGAGGAGGGGGAGGCAGAGGAGACAGCCGAGUGGGGUAACGAGACGUACCGGGUCAGGUUUCCAGGAAAGACGCCAGAGGAUGGCAUCUUCCGGCCUCCCUUCGGCUGGAAGUACAACUUCUUCCUGCACGAGGCCGUCGAGGAGGUCCCCGAGUACGUGGUGCCGUGGGAGGCAUUCCGCGCGCUGGCUGAGGACUACAACCUCGAGCUGCAAUAUCACAAGUCGUUUGCCGACAUCUGGGCUACGGAGAAGGAUGACCGCACCCUUGGCCCUCUGAGCGAGCGCAUGGGCGUGAGGGAGAGGGGCGGCGGCGAGCUUCUGGUCAGCCCAGACGAGAUGGAAGCUGCUGCAUUCUACGUGGGUUUCUGCUUCUACAAGGUGUAG